AUGAGUGACGACGAUGGGCUCUACGCUCACACCAGCCCCGCUGGCUACGGACACGAUGUCGAGAAAAGCAGCGCCAGAAUCGGAAACUACGAGAAUGUUCGCAUCCGUGGUCUCGAGACUUCACCAGAGACGUCUCUGCACCGCGGUCUCAAGGCGCGCCACAUUUCCAUGAUUGCCAUUGGUGGUGCGCUCGGCACUGGUCUCAUCAUUGGUACCGGAAAGGCCCUCGCCCAGGCUGGUCCCGGCUCGCUGCUCAUCUCGUAUUGUUUCGUUGGAGUUCUCGUCUACGGUGUCAUGGCUUCUUUGGGAGAAAUGGCUGCUUGGUUACCUAUGAGUGCUGGAUUUACGGGCUACGCGACGCGAUACUGCCACCCAUCUCUGGGAUUCGCUCUUGGUUGGACAUAUUGGUUCAAGUACAUUAUUACCACUCCGAAUCAGUUGACGGCUGCCGCUUUGGUCAUUCAGUACUGGUGCCCACGGGACAAGGUCAAUCCGGGCGUCUUCAUUGCUAUUUUCCUAGUCACCAUUCUUGUUGUGAACUACUUAGGAAUUGAGCUUUUUGGCGAAUUGGAAUUCUGGCUGUCCUCUUUCAAAGUCAUCAUCAUCGUUGGCAUCAUCAUCUUCUCCUUGUGCAUUGCCUGCGGAGGCGGUCCCAACGGCGAUGCCCCCGGCUUCCGAUAUUGGCAUAACCCCGGUGCCUUUGCCGAACUAUAUCAAACGGGCUCCUUGGGCAAGUUCCUCGGCUUUUGGUCCGUCAUGGUCAAUGCCACUUUUGCGUACCUCGGAACCGAACUGGUCGGUGUCACCGCUGGUGAAGCUCAGAACCCCCGACGAAGCAUUCCUAAGGCCAUCAAGCUCACCUUCUUCCGUAUCCUCUUCUUCUACUGCCUCAGCGUCUUCCUUGUCGGCAUGAUUGUCCCUUACAACAGCCCCGAGCUCACCUUCGCCAACAAGCAGAGCACUGGUGCUAACGCUUCGCCUUUCGUCGUCGCCGCCACCCUCGCCGGCGUCAAGGUCCUGCCGCACAUCAUCAACGCCUGCAUCCUGGUCUUUGUCUUUUCCGCCUCCAACUCUGACUUGUACAUUGCCAGCCGAACUCUCUACGGCCUCGCCUCCGAUAACGCUGCUCCCGCCAUCUUCAAGCGCACCAACAAACGUGGCGUUCCCUACCCAGCGCUUUUCGUUUGCGCGGCGAUUGCCUGCUUGGCGUUUAUGAAUGCUUCUACCGCCAGCACAGUGGUCUUUGGCUACUUUGUCAACCUCGUCACCAUCUUCGGUAUCCUGACCUGGAUCUCCAUCCUCGUCACCUACCUCUUCUUCCUCCGCGCUCGUCGUGCCCAAAACAUCCCCGACAGCGCCAUGCCCUACGUCGCCCCUCAGGGCUACUGGGGUACCGUCGUGUGCUUGUUCUUCACGAUCCUCAUCGCCUUGACCAAGAACUACGACGUCUUCAUCCACACCGCCGCCCGCAAGUUUGACUACAAGAACUUCAUCACUGGAUAUCUCGGCAUCCCGCUCUACAUCAUCCUCCUCUUCGGCCACAUGCUCGUCACCAAGAGCAAGGGUGUCAAGCCCCACGAGGCCGACUUUUACGCUGGAAAGGAGAUUAUCGAUGCUCAGGAGAACGAGUACCUCGAGGAUCAGGAGAUUAAGCGCGCGAACAGCCAGGGGCUGCACAAAUUUUACGAUCGCUACAUCUCGUGGCUGUUUUAG